UAAAGCUCGCUCGCAUCAGUAUCUCGUCGUCGUUCCCAGCGAUUGGUCGCACUGUGUAAAACGGACGCAACAUGACGACCGUACCGCUCGGUGCACCGUGUGUAGAAAAGUGUCCGGAGAAGUACGACCUAUAUCAACCGGCCGGUUCGGCACUGCAUCGCCAAAUUGCGGCCGAUGAGCUGCGCGAAGAACCGGCCAUCGUCGAACAGGCGCUGGAGCAGAUGCGCGACUGGAUUGCGAAGAAUCCCGCCAUCCACACGUGCCGCACCGAUGCCAGCUUUCUGUUGCGCUUUCUGCGUGUGCGCAAGUUUUCCCACCUGGCGGCGUGCGAAACGCUCGAGCGGUAUCUCGUGUCGCGCCAGCGGUUCCCCGCCUGGUACAGCAAGCUGGACACGGCCGAACCGUGGGUGCAGGUCAUGAUCGACAGCGAGUUUGUGGUGCCGCUUGGGCGCGAUGAGCUGGGCCGUGUGGUGUUUCUGGUGCGCUACGCCAACCUGGACAUCGAUCGGUUUGAAGUGACGGAUCAGAUCCGGUUCUUCACGAUGGUGUUUGAGACCAUUUGCCACGACGAGCUGAACCAAAUUGCCGGCCUGGUGUGCGUGUUUGACGAAACCAAUGUGCCGAUGCGUGCAUUCGCCCAGUGGUCACUGACGGACAUUAAGAACUACAUCGACUGCGUGACGAAGGCGCUUCCGCUGCGCGUGAAGGAGGUGCAUGUGGUGAAUUUGCCACUGUUUGGCGCAGCCGUCGGCGAGUGGAUCAUGAGCUGCUGCAGUGAGAAGCUGCGCAGUCGGCUAAAGUGUUACCGAUCGAUGGAUGAAUUUGCUGGCAAGUGCAACCUGCUAUCUCUGAUGCCAAAGGAGUACUACGGUGGCAAGCAGGAGGCGAUGGACUUGAAGCGCCAGCUAAGAGAAUCGCUCGACCGUUGCCGGAACAUCAUCCUGGCGCUGGACGACAUGAAGGUGGACGAAAAGCGUUGUUUACUGGUGAAAAGUCAAACCAAGCCGGGCGGCGAUGAGGGAAUGAUCGGUAGCUUCCGAAAGUUGGACGUUGAUUAACGGAUUGAGUGGUUGAUCUUCAAAGUGCAUAUGUGUUACUGAUUUUUUGUAUUAAUGUGGUGAAUUGGUGGACUAGAAAUAUAUCAGCCUUCCCUUGAA